AUCAUGAAAUAUAUAUAUUGCAUGAGUAUGCUUUGUAGGUUAGUAUUAACGCUGUCUAUACUCUGUAUGGCUUAUAAGUUAUGAUUGUUACUUGGUGGUGAUGGUGUGGUGAUGUUCAUGAUGGUGGUGAUAACCCUUGUUGCUCUUGACGCUCUUGCUUGCAAACUGAGAAUGCAACAGGGUUUUGGUGUUAUUAAGAGAGGACGCAGAAAGGUAAACUAUAUAUAUUUUUGGAAACGAUUCAACUACAUUGUAUUUUCUUUGCUUGAUCUCUGCCUUUUGUAGAUGUGGACGAGUGCAUGUUACAGCUGUCUGAUUGUAAUCAAACGUGCACGAAUAUAAUUAAUGGCUACACGUGCAGCUGCAAAGAUGGCUAUCGUAAUGUCACCAUGGACAGCCACAGAUGUGAAGACAUUGAUGAGUGUGCCCUGAAUUCAUCUCUUUGUGUCAAAAAUGCCCAUUGUGUAAACACACCUGGCCACUAUGACUGCAGUUGCAAUGCUGGCUUCAGAGGAAAUGGAUUUAUAGAUUGUCAAGAUGAAGACGAAUGUUCAGUCAAAAAUAAUCCCUGCUUAUCCGUAAACAAUUCAUUUUGCAACAAUAGCAUCGGGUCCUAUUCCUGCAUCUGCACUUCCGGCUAUAAUGGCACAACUUGUGAAGAUAUAAAUGAAUGCAUAAGCGGGCAGAACAAUUGUCCCGUCAACGCCAAUUGCACCAAUACGAUCGGCUCCUAUACGUGUGUAUGCAAACUGGGCUAUGAGGGAAAUGGCUGGAACUGUAAGGAUAUCGACGAAUGUAUGACGGGAAACCAUUGUAAUAGUAAUGGAUCAGAAUGUAUGAACACUGAUGGGUCAUAUUACUGCACCUGUGCUCUUGGAUUCACUGGGAAUGGAACCUACUGCGCAGAUAUAAAUGAAUGCACGGCCAAUCCAUACUUGUGCCAGGACACAGAAGAAUGUAUGAAUGGUUUUGGAAGCUACAAAUGCGAGUGCUUACCAGGUUACAUAAGGAAUGGAACAAUUUGUACAGAUGUUGAUGAGUGCAAGAAAAACCAACCGUGUGACGCGAACACGAUGGUGUGCAGCAACACGAUAGGAUCGUACACAUGUCUGUGCAAGGCGGGAUACCAAUUUGAUAGCACAGCUCGCAUCUGUACUGACACAGACGAGUGCGUCGUUUCAUCAUUAAACAACUGCUCGAGGACGACAGGGCUCUGCCAAAAUUUCGAUGGAAGUUUCACGUGCCAGUGCAAGGCUGGCUACACAGGAGACGGAGUCACGUGCACAGAUAUCGAUGAGUGUAACCCACCGGCAAAUGCAACGCAGCCCUGCAAAGGCCCUGUCGGAGUGAGAUGUAACAACACCAUUGGCCACUACACAUGCAGCUGUCCCUUCGGAUACUACUUGGACAGUGAUGGAACCACAUGCAAAGAUGUUGAUGAAUGCAUCAGAGGACUCCACAACUGCACCCAGAACUGCACGAACAUCGAAGGAGGCUUCACCUGCAGCUGCUUUGCCCGUUUCAGCUCUGUGAAUGGGACUUGUAAACAAAACCAAACUUGUGUGACGGACGUUUGCAAUGGAACUGGAGAUUGUUACAUUGAUGAAACAACUCUCCCAGGAUGUUCCUGCAAUUCUGGGUACACCCUCAAUGGCACGAGCAAAACGCAAUGCAUCAAUAUUGAUGAGUGCAGCUUACCCAUGGCUGAUGGACAGACACCUUGCGACUCCAUAUACGGGACAUGCACUGACACAAUCGGCAGCUUCAAGUGUGGAUGUGUGGCUGGGUACGCGGCCGUAAGCGACAGCCGGACCUGCCAAGACGUGGACGAGUGUCAGAGCGGAAUCUAUAACUGCACUCAAUAUUCCACGUGUCAUAACUUAGACGGAAAUUAUACCUGCAUCUGCAACAGUGGAUAUGUCCAAUCUGGAGAGACGUGCAUAGAUGUUGAUGAGUGUGAAAAAGCAGGUAGUGCUCUCUGUGGUCAUGGAGCCUACUGUGCUAACACAUUGGGUUCAUACGCAUGCAGGUGUCUUGUGGGAUACGUAGGCAAUGGCACUGUCUGCCUGGAUGUGGAUGAGUGUCUGCUCCCCAGCAACAACUGCAGUGCCAAUUCAACCUGCACAAACACCCCAGGCUCCUACCAAUGCCAGUGUGAUGCUGGUUUCCAAAAAACUGGAGAGAUGUGCACAGAUGUAGAUGAGUGUCUGAAAUUUGGCAGUGCGGCCUGUGGGCAAGGAGCCUACUGUGUCAACACGGUGGGUUCAUACAAUUGCCCGUGUCUUGCGGGAUACAUAGGCAAUGGCACUGUCUGCCUGGAUGUGGAUGAGUGUCUGCUCCCCAGCAACAACUGCAGUGCCAAUUCAACCUGCAAGAACACGCCAGGCUCCUUCCAAUGCCAGUGUGAUGCUGGUUUCCAAAAAACUGGAGAGAAAUGCGUAGAUGUGAAUGAGUGUCAAACAUCUGGCAGUGCGGCCUGUGGGCCAGGAGCCUACUGUGUCAACACGGUGGGUUCAUACAAUUGCCCGUGUCUUGCGGGAUACAUAGGCAAUGGCACUGUCUGCCUGGAUGUGGAUGAGUGUCUGCUCCCCAGCAACAACUGCAGUGCCAAUUCAACCUGCAAGAACACGCCAGGCUCCUUCCAAUGCCAGUGUGAUGCUGGUUUCCAAAAAACUGGAGAGAAAUGCGUAGAUGUGAAUGAGUGUCAAACAUCUGGCAGUGCGGCCUGUGGGCCAGGAGCCUACUGUGUCAACACGGUGGGUUCAUACAAUUGCCCGUGUCUUGCGGGAUACAUAGGCAAUGGCACUCUCUGCCUGGAUGUGGAUGAGUGUCUGCUCCCAGCAACAACUGCAGUGCCAAUUCAACCUGCAAAAACACACCAGGCUCCUUCCAAUGCCAGUGUGAUGCUGGUUUCCAAAAAACUGGAGAGAAAUGCGUAGAUGUGAAUGAGUGUCAAACAUCUGGCAGUGCGGCCUGUGGGCCAGGUGCCUACUGUGUCAACACGGUGGGUUCAUACAAUUGCCUGUGUCUUGCGGGAUACAUAGGCAAUGGCACUGUCUGCCUGGAUGUGGAUGAGUGUCUGCUCCCCAGCAACAACUGCAGUGCCAAUUCAACCUGCAAGAACACGCCAGGCUCCUUCCAAUGCCAGUGUGAUGCUGGUUUCCAAAAAACUGGAGAGAAAUGCGUAGAUGUGAAUGAGUGUCAUACAUCUGGCAGUGCGGCCUGUGGGCCAGGUGCCUACUGUGUCAACACGGUGGGUUCAUACAAUUGCCUGUGUCUUGCGGGAUACAUAGGCAAUGGCACUGUCUGCCUGGAUGUGGAUGAGUGUCUGCUCCCCAGCAACAACUGCAGUGCCAAUUCAACCUGCAAGAACACGCCAGGCUCCUUCCAAUGCCAGUGUGAUGCUGGUUUCCAAAAAACUGGAGAGAAAUGCGUAGAUGUGAAUGAGUGUCAAACAUUUGGCAGUGCGGCCUGUGGGCCAGGUGCCUACUGUGUCAACACGGUGGGUUCAUACAAUUGCCUGUGUCUUGCGGGAUACAUAGGCAAUGGCACUGUCUGCCUGGAUGUGGAUGAGUGUCUGCUCCCCAGCAACAACUGCAGUGCCAAUUCAACCUGCAAGAACACGCCAGGCUCCUUCCAAUGCCAGUGUGAUGCUGGUUUCCAAAGUAAUGCUACUGUGUGCGAGGACAUCAACGAGUGUGGGAGAGUCCCAGCUGUGUGUGGCUUGGGAACGGUUUGUGAGAACACAGUGGGGUCAUACCGCUGCCCCUGCGCUCCAGGAUAUCAACGCAACACAAGUGAUGGAAAUGCAACAUGCUCACAAUUGACAACUACCACUCCACAGGCAACCACAACAAAGGAAGUCAAGACCCUAUCAACUUCAACAGAACAAUCCACCACAAGUGCACCAACAACACAGACAGCCACUACAGAAUUAACAACUACCACUCCACAGGCAACCACAACUAACG